AUGGUUCUACCAGACUAGCCUAAACUGAAGCUCCUCGAAAAGGACCCUAUGUUAAAACAAGCAAAUAAGGAGAUGCAGAAGCUGCAUGACAUCCAGAGACCGGCCGAAAGCACAAAUAUGUUCAGUGAAGGACAGUACUGGAUUGUGAUCAGUGCUCUGGGUGGAGGUUAUUUGCUCUUGGGUCACAUGGAGAUGAUGCGUCUCACCAUCACGUUUGCUGUGUGGUGCAUCAAGGCCCCGUACAUCACUCGUAAAGGCCUGGGCCAGUGUGUGGGUGGCUGGAAGGUUGCCUUCGAUCAUUAUGUGACGGUGAAAUGCGGCCGGUUGGUGGUGGAGGUUGAGGAUCGUGUUGAGCUGGGUGAGGUGGAGGCUGUCCUCAAAGAAGUGGACAAGAAGCUUCCCUUUCCAGCCAAGAUCGAUGUGGCAAUAAAGUGA